AUGCAUAAUCUAAUUAUUUUACUAAUUAUUUUACCUAGUCUAUGUCACGCAUUGAAUGAUAUUAAAUUAAUUUAUGUGACAAAAAUAAAACUAAAUAACACUAAUAUAAUUCUCUUACAAAAUGAGACAAACAUGUAUCAAUUUUUCUAUACUCAACCAAUAAGAAGUAUAAGAUUAUCUAAUAAUUAUUCUUUUACUAUACAAAUAAAUCAAAUUAUACCAAAUAUUGAAAAAUUAUUUCAAAAUUCAUUAUUAAGUAUAUGUUCACAAUGUUCAUUUUUUCCUGCUCCUACAAAAUGUAUAAAAAUUAAUUGGAAUAAUUUAAAGAAAAAAAAUCUUUGUUCCAUUGACAAUAAAUGGCAUCGUAUCUAUCAUUAUUCACAUAAUUGGUCAAUAGUACCAGAUAAAUUCUUAUUAAAAUGUCGUGAAAAAAUUAAUUUUUAUUAUACUAAAUUAGCAUUAAAAUCUAUAUCAAAUUUAAAAUUACAGUUUAGUUAUACACCAUCAUGUUUAGAGAAACAACAAUAUAAUCAUUAUCAACAACAACGUUCAAGUCAAUUUUGGUAUGAUUUAUCUGUUAAACAAAAUAUAAAUGAAUUAAUCAAUAAAAUUAUUCAAUUUUUUCAACAUAUUUAUACGGAAUCAGGACAAUAUGAUCAUAAUGGUAUCAAAAUUAAAAAUAUAUAUGAGACAUUCAUAGAUAAAAUUCAGAAUGAUGAUAAAUCGGAAAAUGAUUAUAAAAGUUUUUCAAAAGUUCAACAAUUAAAAAUACAUGCUAUUAAUAGUAUUUUAAAUAAAUUAAAUUCAUUUGAUUAUUCUGUGUUAAAUCAUCGAAUCAACAUAAAUAUUACAAAAGAAAAUGAAAUUGAUAAUCAGACAAUAAUAACAGAAGUAAAUGUAUCACAAUUAACGAUGAAUUAUAAUAGUAUGGAAACAUCAACAUAUAAUAUUGAUGAGUCUCCAACUCAACAGUCAUUUUCGGAUAUAUAUUCUUACGAUCAAUUAACUACGAUUAUGUUAGACAACAAUGGUAUUGAAGAAGAUGAAGAAUUUCCUCCAAUAGCGGGUGUAGAAUUUCAUCCUAUUCAUCCAAAUGAAUUGUUAAGUAUUAUGACAAAUAUUAAAACAUCAUUAGACUGUUUUUUUAAAUGUAAACAAAAUCGUCAAUGUCGUACAUUUGAUUAUGAUCGAAGAUAUUUUCGUUGUCGAUUAUUUGAAGGUUCAAUGUCAACAGGAUUUGUUAUCGAUUCAACAUCAUUAACAAUUGCCGUUGGUGAACUUGAUUAUAAUCCAAAAUUUUAUGAACAUUAUAAUAAAACGUGUGAUCACUGUCAAAAUAGUCACUUUUUAGAAUGUAUUAAUGAUUUAUGUUUAUGUCCAAAAAAUACAUUUUGGAAUGAUACAAUUUGUGUCAAUCAAUUUUAUGUUGGAGCAAAUUGUAGUUCGGAUGAUUGGUGCCGCAAAGAUUUAGACUUAAUUUGUUCAAUAGAUAAAAAUAUUUGCUCAUGUCAAAAUAAAUCAUUAUUUUGGAAUGGUAUAGAGUGUUUAACAUAUUUUCAAUGUUUACAUCUUAAUAUAUCAACAUAUCAAGAUGACUUUAUUCAUUAUACGUGUAACUAUACUGCUACAACAUCAUUUGCCGUAAUAUCAUUUACAUUUCGAAAUGAUUAUCAUUUAUGGAUACUUCAAAAUAUUCAAAUUUUAAAUGAGAAAAAUGAAAAUCUAAUUAUUAAUGGAGAUUUUCAAACAGAUGGAGGAUGGAAUGUAACGAAUAACUAUUCAACUGAUUCAGAUAGUUAUGGAACUAUUGUAACAUUCUACAAAUCGAUGAAUUUUUAUAUUAUUCAUGCUAAAGGUUACUUUUAUCAGCUCAAUCAAACAUUUAAAACUAUACCGGAACAGUCAUACAGAAUUAGUUUUUUAUUAAAAAAUAAUGCUGCUAAACCAACGGCAAUAGCCAGUGUUUCUGUUAUACCACAACCGUGA